UACAAGUUCUUUCUUCCCUUUUUCUGGCCCAAAAAAAAUCGACUUCUUCAGUUAAGCUACCUUGGAGUAGGCCUUUGCUUACUAGCGGAGCGUGUUCUUAAUAUGCUCAUUCCUCUACAACUGGGAAGGAUUGUGAGCUUGUUGAGCCAGAGCAAUGGUAUCAAAAAGGAAUACUCUGACAAAAAUACAGAAGCCAUUCCGAAUAGAGAGCUGCUAAUAAUUGCAGGCUUGCAAUUCCUCUGCUCCAGUGGUGGUAUUCCCGUGGCGCGAAAGUAUCUUUGGUUACUUCUUGAGAAUUCUUCCUACAUUGGGAUCAGCACAGCUGCAUUUGAGAAGAUUAUGUCAUUGUCUGGUGAUUUCCACGAUGGCAGACAUCCUGAUAAAUCCUGGGAGUCCAUCAACAGAGGGCUGUCUGUUAGAUAUAGCUUUCGCACAAUCUUAUUCCAGAUACUUCCGCUAAUCAUCGACCUGCUUCUUGAUAUGAGCAUGUUAUGCAUCAUAUUCGGGGCGAACAUGGCACUGAUUACUGCAGCGGUGAUCGCUACUUUCUUGUGGUCAUCGUGGAAGAUUUUAUCAUUGCGGCAAGAGAGGAAAAAGAAGCUGAUAGCAGAUCAGGAAAAAGAGCAGAGUAUUCUCCGCGAAUCGACGUCAAAUUGGCGAACGGCAGUGUGCUUCAACCGCGCCUCUUAUGAGAGAUCACAAUAUCGAUCUGCAUUGAUGAACAAGACCAAUGCUUCCGUCAGCCUUUGCAAGUACAUUUAUCUUGAAUCAGUUAUACAAUCGUCUCUGUUGAUCGCAGGAGUAAUGGGGACAUGCUUUCUAGUAUUGUGUUCAGGUACUCAGGGAGAUCAAACUGUGGGCGGCUUGGUGGUGCUACUCGGUUACUGGGCCCAAUUGGCUGGUCCUCUUCGGUUCUUUGCAAGUGGACUUCAGAAUGUCAGAUUUGAGCUCAUUAACGCCGAGGAACUGAUUUCUUUGAUGAAAGAAGCACCUAGUGUUGUUGAUGUCUUACAUGCAAUGCCUCUAAUGCUGGAAGAAGGGGUAGUCCGGUUCAGAGAUGUCAGCUUCAGUUAUGAUGGCCCAAGGCGAGUAUUGCAUCGUCUCAAUUUCAAGGCCGUAGGGGGCAGUAAGACUGCAAUCGUCGGCGAAGCAGGAGCCGGCAAGUCGACUAUCUUGCAGCUCAUUCUCCGUUUGUAUGACAGUACAGACGGGAAAAUCACAAUCGACGGGCAGAAUAUCCGGGAAGUCACUCAAGAGAGCUUGCGGGCCAACAUCGGAAUCGUCCCCCAAAACCCAACUCUUUCCCAUGGUACGAUCCUUGAAAACAUCAAACAGGCCAGCGCGUUCGCCACAGAUGAGCAGGUCUAUGAAGCAUGCAAAGCAGUGGCUCUUCACGACCGAUUCCUGGCACUGGCAGACGGAUAUCAAAGUUUAGUUGGUGAGGGUGAGGUUGAUUUAUCCCAAGAAGAGCUUCGACGUAUCGCCUUUGCACGAGUAAUCGUCAAAAACCCAAAGAUCGUUCUCCUGGAUGAACCGAAGAGAGAAAUAGAAAGGAAGGCAGAAGAGUCGAUACAGGCUAACCUUGACAAAUUCUGUGCUGGACGCACAACUAUUGUGGUCUCGCAUCAACUUUCAACUGUGACCAAUGCCCAAAAGAUCUUUGUCGUUCGCAAUGGGAAAAUAGUAGAGCAUGGAUCUCACAACUUAUUGCUGAAGACUGGUGGCCAUUAUUCUCAAAUGUGGUCACAGCAA